GCGCCAUUUCAUGCGGAUCGAAAUCGACAACGAUCUGCUUACGACAAUGGCGGAGCGAUGGCGUCCUGAAACCCAUACGUUCCACCUUCCGGAGGGGGAUAUAACGAUCACCCUCAAAGACGUGGCGAUCCUCACCGGGCUGCCGAUUUCUGGAGAUGCCAUCAUUGGUUCCACUACCAAACCCGAAGGAGGUUGGGGGCCGCUCAUUCGUGAUCGUCUGGGCUUUGACAUGCCGACCACCACACCAAUUCAAGAACGGGGGCAUCCACCGUUGAAUGUGGGACAAGUGUCGGUCCCGUGGAUGGUAACUCACAUCCAGAAUGAGGUGGAAAUCAAUGACGAGACUCCGGAAGAUCAAGUGGACAAUAUAAAAAUGAUGGCAACCGCUUCUCCGGAAGAUCAAUGCGGGACAAGUGUCUUCUGCUCGUACUUUUUUGGCUGAUGUGCAACGGCUGCAAGGUGAACAAUAUAAAAAUGGUCAAUACAUGAUAAACAACAAAUUAUCAAACACAUAGUUAAGUCGCAUUAAAGGACAUUAGUACCUGCAUGCCACGAUUGAUUUUUGAUGUCUUUCUUCUUUCCAAAUUUGUGUUGGAAAUUGGCGAGCCAGUGUCGAAUACACCAACGCCAUGUCCAUCCCCACUCGUUAGGAAAACCACCCACGACAUUCCUAAUCCCCCGUGUCGAUCGGAUAUAAUCGUAAUACCCUCCCGCUGUGUCACAUGUUCGUGUAGUUGGUCAAAGAACCAUGCCCAACUUAAGCUGUUCUCCCUUUCCACUAUUGCAAAUGCAAGCGGGAAAAUCCUCCUGUUUCCAUCAACGCUAGUGGCAAUGAGAAUAGUUCCUCUGUACUUCCCAGUAAGGAAGGUUCCAUCAAUCUAAUUAAAUAUUAGGAAGUAAUUAGUAUGAAAUUUACUUGGUCUGCAAGAAUAGAAACAUUUCAAAUAGUAAACAUGUAUUAAAAUACCUGAAUAAAUGGUAUGCAGAACGCAAACCCGUCAAUGCAUUGUUUGAAAGCCCAAAAAAGACGGUGAAACAUCAACUUCUCAUGUACUCGAACUUGAUCCUUAGUGUAUACAUUGUUGUAUACUGGGACGAAAACAGUCCCAGGGUUGGACUCAUCCAUUGCGGCCAUAAGUCUAGGGAGUAAAGCAUACGAAUCCUCCCAAUCACCAUAUACCUCAGCCAUGGCUUUCUGCUUUCCAUGCCAUGCUUUUUUGUACCUUAUCGUGUAAGAAUGUCGAUCCUUCACCUCGGCCAUGAUAGCUUUGACCUUGAUAUCUGGUUUUGCUUCGAUAAGGUGUUUAAUAGUUCUCCCAAUUUCUUUGCUUUAAGUUGCCUGUGAUCCUGGGAACGUAUGGACGAGGAGCAGGUGUGGUUGGUCUCAGCUUUUCGAAUCACCCAGGCACCCUUUCUCUUCAUAUAUGCAGCCCGCAGUUGCCAUGUACAACCCUCUGCAUCAUUCUUGCAUAUGACAUGUAAUGGUUUACUGUCAGAAUAUUUUACCUUCCACUCGAAAUUGCGCCUCAAGGCCUCUUCGGUAAAGCCAUCCUGCACAGCGUCCUUCGAUGAGAACGCCAUACCCACCUUCUUGAAUAAUAAGCUGAAACUUCUUGAAUUUACCCAUAUCUACAAUUUACAAUAAGUAACUAUUAGCAUAAUUCCAGUAAUUCAUAACUUCGGCCAUAUUUGCUACGAUAAGUAAUUCAUAACAAUAUAACUACUAAAAACAACCAUUAGGAAUUAAUACGAAAAUUAAACCAUACCGUAAAUUCCUGUUCUGUGUAUGUUGCUCGAUUUUGGUUGCUGAAAUUUGAAGAGGGGGGGGGAGUGGUUAUGUUUUUACAACUGCUGGUGGUGUGGUAUUUAUAGAAAAAUCGGCUAAUGUUCACCGCCUUCGUCAAACGCGGUGAACAUCAUCACCGCGUUUGUCUCAAACGGUGAACAUUACGUAGUUGUGACCUAAUUUUCACCUACCAGGGUUGGAAAACGUGAGAAAUAAUCACCGCCUUAGUCUAAGGCGGUGAAGAUGUUCCCCGCUUUGCCCUAAAACGGUGACGUUUUCACGCUUUUAACUUAAACGGUGACGUCUUCACCGUUUUCGUUAAACGCGGUGAACACUUCACCGCUUUAUACAAAGACGGUGAACACGUCAUCGUUUUAUUUUAAAAUGGUGAAAUGUUCACCGUUUUUGGCAAACACGGUGAUUAUAUUCACUGCGUUUGUAAAAAACGGUGAAUGCCAAA